AUGGACGACAAGAUCAAGUCGGCGGAGUCUUCCGCCCCUGAUGCUAUCACGGAGAAGCCCUUUGGAGAGAAGAGUUUAGACGUACGCUCUGCGACGUCUGGUAGCGAUGUCGAGAAGCAAGAUGUCCGGGCGGGGACGACUGUCCAGCUCAAGAGGAAGCUUCAGUCACGGCAUUUGCAGAUGAUUGCUAUUGGUGGCACCAUCGGUACAGGUCUCUUCAUCGGUUCUGGAGGAGCUUUAGCCAAGUCAGGGCCAGCAGGCGCUCUCAUCGCAUAUGCCUUCGUCGGUACCCUCGUCUACUCCGUCAUGGUCGCCUUGGGCGAGAUGGCCACCUACAUCCCAGUAUCUGGAGCUUUCACUGUUUACGCCGCACGAUUCAUCGAUCCUAGCUUGGGAUUCGCCAUGGGUUGGAUCUACUGGUUCUCUUGGGCCAUUACCUACGCCUUGGAGUUGACUGCGAGUGGCCUCAUCAUUCAAUAUUGGGCUCCAGAUCUCAACGUCGGCAUCUUCAUCGGCGUGUUCUGGCUCGUCAUCACCGCCAUCAACUUCCUGCCUGUCUCCUUCUACGGAGAGGUCGAGUUCUGGUUCGCCUCGAUCAAGGUCAUCACCGUCAUUGGAUUCUUGAUCUUCGGCAUCUGCAUUGAUGCCGGUGCUGGUCAACAAGGCUAUCUAGGCUUCCACUACUGGAAGCACCCCGGGGCCUUCGCUCCAUACCUCAUCACGGACAACGAUUCACUGGCUAAGUUCGUGGGCUUUUGGUCAGUGCUGAUUCAGGCGGGCUUCUCGUACCAAGGAACUGAGCUUGUUGGUAUCGCUGCUGGAGAGACCGCCAACCCACGCAAGACGGUGCCUGCUGCCAUCCGCAAGACCUUCUACCGAAUCGUUUUCUUCUUCGUCUUUACGGUCUUCUUCAUUGGCCUACUUGUGCCAUACGACAACCCUGAUCUUCUCUCCGAUGAUACCAACGCGACUGCAUCCCCCAUGGUCAUUGCGGCCAAGAUCGCCGGAGUCCAGGUUCUCCCAGGUAUCAUCAACGCAGUCCUGCUUUGCGUCGUCCUCAGCGCCGCCAACUCGAACGUCUACAGUGGCUCCCGUAUUCUGGUUGGUCUCGCCGACGAGCGAUCAGCGCCCGCGAUACUCAAGCGUACCACGGCUGGCGGAGUUCCAUACGUUGCUGUGGCCUGCACAGCUGCCUUUGGACUUCUUGGAUUCAUGAACGAGUCUAGCAGUGGUGGCACGGUCUUCAACUGGUUCCUCAACAUCACCUCGAUCGCCGGCUUCAUCUCCUGGACCUGCAUCAACAUCUCGCACAUCGGCUUUAUGCGCGCCUUGAAGGCCCGUGGUCAGUCCCGAGACACCCUCCCCUACAAGGCCAUGUGGCAGCCAUGGUUCAGCUGGUACGGCAUCUUCUUCAACUCUCUCAUCAUCAUCACGAACGGCUUCACCGCCUUCAUCCCGUGGAACACAUCUGACUUCUUCGUGGCGUACGUCAGCUUACUGCUGUUCGCCGUGCUGUAUGUCGGACACAAGAUCAUUUUCAGAACGUCUUUCGUCAAGCCAGUCGAAGCAGAUCUGGACAGCGGCAGGAAGGAAAUUGAGGAGAUGUACUUUGAGGAGGUGACGCCUACCACACCUUGGGGCAAGUUUUGGGCUUGGAUUGGUUGA